AUGAAGAACGGCGUCUUGUCGUUGACACACAUAGCGAGACUCAAGUGCAUCAAUAAUGCGCACAUCAUCAACGACGUCGGAACGACGCCGUACCACUUGAUCGAGCCGGUGUUGCUGAAGAAGACGGCGAAGUCGCUGCGGCAGAUCGAGUCUGUGUCGCCGCAGAUCAUCGCAGACUCGGAACCGCUCUGGAAGUCGUUGGUGAAGCGAGACUUCCCCGACCGGCCCGUGAACCAGACGGUGCUCAGAAGCGGCAAGAAGGUGAACGUGUCCUCGCGGAGCCUCUACGACAAGUACUUCUCCGAACGAGAGGCGCAGCGGCAGAACGCCACGAACAACAUCAAGCAGAUUGUGCGGAACUUGAACGAAGUGAAAAACAGGAACAAGGUGAAGGCCGUCAACAAGGUGUUCGCCUCCAACAAGCCACGGCUGGCGCACAACAGGCCCGCGUCGAACCAGCAGCACCCCUUCAAGAGCAGCCUCUUGCAGAAGGCAAGGGUGGCGAACAAACAGCGGGUACGAAACUUCUCCCAGGCGAAAAACAGCAACCUCCGAAUACCGAACAGCAAAAUAGACCUGGUCAAGAUAGGCACCGCCCACAGAAACAUCGUCAGGAACGACCUCAGGAACAGCCCCGGUGCAGGCAGGCCUUCCGAUGUGACCACGGGAGGGAGCAAACGACGCACAGACCUCUCGGCUGCCGCCGCCCCCACCGGGCCCGAUGUGAAGAGACAAAAGAUCAGCGACUCCAGUCGAGAGAAGUCCAAGAAGUCGAAUACGUACAUCUACGCUAGAGGGGUGAAUUGA